UUCAUCAAACGUAUCACUUCAAAAGGAGCCAAAGCAGGAACUAAUACUCUCUACGAAAGUGUAAAACGCUUGUCACUUGUGUUUAAACGAUAUAUUUUUAUUUAAUCACAGGCUUUCCGGGUGGACAAAUGACGUAGUGCGUACCGGAAAACGUACACGGACGUAAUCCGAUUAUCUAAUCUUCAUAUAAAUCUUUGACAAUUUCUGGCACGGAUAUGAUAUGUGAAUCGUGUAACCUGUCCUGAUUGACUCUAACGCCUAUAAUGAUUAUUGUUGUUGUUUAGUUACGGCUGCUGAGACACAUAGGAUGUGUGAGAACGUGCUGUGGAUGAAGUGACCCUCACGACGGAGUGGUAAAUAUGUCAGUGUCAGCUUGUGAGCCGAAUGUUGUAGAUGGUGUGGAAUUGUUCAUAUUGUCGUUUCUGGAGCUACAAUUAGGCCCAGUGAUGGAGACCAGAGUGUUAAAGCUCUCCAGCAGGUGCAGGGUUUAGUGUCUUGUUUAGUGCCUCUGGCUCUGGUGCAGUAGGACGUUUCUUCUCAUGUUGCUCUUAACAAUUCGAGAACAUGAUCGGAUCCCCAGAUGUGGUGGCAUUUACCAAAGAUGAUGAUUUUGGAGAUUCUUUCCCAGACCAGUGCUCGAUCCCAGAGGAGUUCUCUGUGCCUUUGUUUCCUCAUGCAAACACCAAUCCGUGGUUAAAAACCUCCUAUGCAAAGUUCUCCAAGGAUUUCAUCCUUAUCUCAGAGUUCUCGGAGCAGGUCGGACCACAGCCGUUACUCACAAUUCCAAAUGAUCACAAAGUGUGUGGGACGUUUGACCUCAAUUACUUCUCCCUGCGCAUCAUGUCUGUGGACUACCAGGCUUCGUUUGUGGGUCAUCCACCAGGCACCAGCUACCCCAAGCUUAAUUUUGUCGAGGACUCCAAAGUCGUCCUUGGUGAUUCCAAGGAAGGGGCGUUUGCCUACGUGCAUCACUUGACCCUGUACGAUUUGGAGGCACGUGGCUUUGUACGUCCUUUUUGCAUGGCUUAUAUUUCAGCGGACGAGAGAAAGAUUAUGCAGCAGUUCCAGCUGCUCUCGUCCGGCUUUUCCAGGGCUUCCGAGUGCUUAAAAUCAGGGAACAGAAAAGCCUUUGCGAACGAACUGGAAAAGAAACUGAGCGACCUGGAAUACACCAGAUCCGUGCUUCACAAAGAGACCGAGCUGCAGAAAAUGAACAGCGGCUGUUACUCCACGCAGGUUAUUGAGAAAGCUAACGAACUGGCAAACGUGGAAAAGUCGAUCUACGAGCAUAAAGAUUUGCUGAGGCAGAUCACAUCAUAUCCUAACAGUAAAAGGACAGACUCUGAUCAGGUUCGGUGCGAGUCAGAUAACGGAGCUGAGACGAGUUCGGUGGACCACACACUGUCUUCUAAUCAUUCCGGACAUGAGGAGAAACACGUGGGGACAGAUAGCGGGAGUCAGCACCCGUCUUACGUCCCCCAGCUUAUUAAAGCAAAAUCUGCAAAAUGUUUCGAUAAACGCUUAAAAAACCUAGAGGAACUAUGUGAAUCUGCCUUUUUCCAUCAGACCAUGGACCAGCUGAACGCGAUCGAGAAGAGCUUCAGAGGCGAUCUUUGCUUUAUUUACAACAGCCAGAUUGACCGAGCUCUCUUAAGGAACCAGAAGAUCACCAGUUUUCUUUUUGAGUCGCAACGAGAUGAUGACGACGACGAAGAAGGCUGCUCCAGGAACCUUUAUUACCCAAACCUUGCCACACAUCACGCUUUGUCCAACUUCUCUGGUGAGCCUGUGAACCUCGAAUCCUAUGCUGAUGAUGCGGAGAGAAGUCAGAAUAGGCUGGUUCUUGAAACGGUAGACGGCCCUCAGGAGUCCAGUACCUCAGACGUUACACAGGAAACCUCGGAAGAUGCCAAUGACAAUGAAACGAAAGGGAGUUUCAGCAGUGACAGGAGCGUUGAGGCGUUUAUAAACCUUAGUCCGGGAAUUCCUGAUGUGUUUUCAAAGACGCCCAGCAGCAGCAUGGCUUGUCCCAUUACUUCCUCAUCUGAGGAACAAGGAAACGUUCUGCCUGUCGCUGCAGCUGCUGCAGGAAUGAUGUCCUCUUCGCUAGAAUGUGAAUCGGAUCUGAACCAUGGCGACAUGUUUGAAACCGAAGCUCUAGUUCAGAUGGACACAGCAUGUUGUAUGGGACAGGAUGGUUUUAUCUAUGAGGAGCCUUUACCUGAUCCAAAAGAAUGCUGCAGGGACACGGUGGUGAAGAGCGAGCCUCUGUCCCUGCUUCAGAGAGACCAUGUGCUACAAGCGGACUACGUCUUCGGAGAGUCUUUGCUGACUGUCCCAAGGCCCAGGGGGUUGAUGCUUCCUGAACUCAGCCCCAGCUCUGUGUCAGAGGAGAUGGUGAAAAUGAACGUGGAGGACGUUUCUGACAACGGCAGUCACGUGAGCACGUCCACCAGCUCCGACAGAGCAGCCUCUCCUUUCACCUAUGGCAGUCCCGUCACAACGAGGCUGAAGAAGAAGGCAGGCCACAGUGCGCUGAGGUUCAUCAGGCAGUACCCGUUUGCUCAGCAAGCCAUAUUCUGUCUUCUGAGUGGAAGAACGCUGGUGGUUCUGGGAGCUGAUGAAGGCACCGUGAGGAAGCUGGUGAACGCCUUGUUGAUAUUCGUGCCCAACCUCGGCAAGUAUGGUGAAAGCGUGCAGCCCUGGAUCUCCUCCUCAUUUCAGCUGAGCGACCUUCAGCGAUGGAAACUCGUUGGAGUGCAGAGGGUGGUUUCUCCAGCAGGUUCCAGCCUGCUCCAUUCCCUGAGCCGCUACAGCCGAUAUAUCGGCAUCCUGGACUGUGACAACAAGACGCUUCGAUGUCCAGCUUACAAAGGAACGCUAAUCAGUCAGAUGGCAGACCACAGGACGCAGAUCAAACGAGGCAGCACAUACUAUCUCCAUGUGCAGAGCAUAUUAACUCAGCUGACGGCGAAGGCCUUCCUUUACACGUUCUGUCAUCACCUUCACCUGCCCGUCAGCACAGACCAGGACGCCGACGCCGUCGUACUGCGCAGGACUAAUUUCUUGUUGCAGCUCGGCUACACCGAGGAGGAGAGCAAAAUAAUUCGCUUCUUGAGCGAGCUCAUCAAGCACCAUUACCUUCAGGGGCCUUUAAAAGGGGUCAGCCAGUCUUACUUCAGUUUCACUUAUACCACCAGCUAUUUGUAUAAAAUCUGAAUGUGCUCUUUGUUCAUUUAAGAAGUUAAACAUUCUGACUUUUUCCUUCUCUGGCGAAAUCAGGAGACCAAGAAAUUUGAAUGUAUUUGAUUCCAGUGAAUUUAUUUAUCUCUUUUUUUUUUCCCAGUGUUUGCUUUACAACGGAUGGUCCGGUGUCAUCAGUGUGAUUUGCGAAUGUUUCCGAUCUUGUCUAAAGUCUAGUUCAACAAUGAACACAAACAGAAUUUCCUUUGAAGAGCCAGUUUAGGGAUGUUUUGGGCAGCAUUUAUCAAGAGGUGACUAUUUAUGUCACUACGGCAUUUACGCUGUAAGCUUUCGCCGUAGAUGUGUUCUUUAACCUCGUGUACUGAUUUAUUUCCAUUGCAAUCCAAGAGCAGUAAGUUAACCAUCUAUUCACAAGGUUCUGAUGGUGAUGCUGUAAAAUACUGACGCUCGAAUUCAGCACCUUUUCCUUCAGAAAUGCGUCUUCUGUGUUACUCUUUAUUCCACUGUAUAAAUACUGUAAGUUAUCGCAAAGAAAACCGAACAGCGGUUUUGGAACUGACUAAAGUUUUAAGCAAGCAAACUGUCACGUGUGUUUUUAGCUCUGCUACGUCCUUCGGUUUGAAGAAAGUUCUGCAUGGGGGGAAAAAAGUAGAACUUCAGUAGUGGAGAAGUGUUAGAUGACAUCCUGCGUGUUUGGAAAACGCUCAGGCGAACGACACGGCAGCACUCGUUUCUCUUACACGUGGAUUUUGUUUAGUCUGACAUACAAUGACGUGCAAUGAUAUAAUGUUGUCUUGGUGUUGUGUGCAAAUAGUGUGAGCAUGAGAACUUGAUGGAGUGGCUUUUUUUUUUUUUUUUAGUGGAUUCAGUUAAGAAUCACAAUCAUGAGGAGUGACAUGGAAGUGAUCGUUUUUGCCUCAACACACACACACACACACACACACACACACACACACACACACACAUCACUCAGUAUGCUAACAUCACCUUUACGCUAUGCUUGCUGCUGCAUGAUGAUGGGAGUUGAAGUCCAAAAAAGAAGUUUUGUAAAGGCCACCAGUUUCCAGUUAUUUUUAAUAUAACUUGCUUUCCAUUUGUGAUCUAACCGAUCGAGAAGAGUCUUAAAAUAUCCUGUAUGUGACCUGCAUUCUGACGAAUGUUAACAAGCCAUACCAUAUUCUACAUUAUUUCAUUAUGUAAUGGCUUUAUGUUUUCUUUCCUUUUACGUAAGCUCUUUUUUUUUUUUUUGUCCAAAUCAUAACUGAGAAGAUUGUUGCUCUUAAGAGUACAUAUAACGUAUUGUGAUAUUUGUCUGGGGUGCAGUAAGACAUUGUGUUUUUAUUGAAAACGAUUUGUGAAUGUUCAAGUGAUAUUUUUCGGGGCAUUAUUCAAGUACGUUGAGUUGUUGCCCACUAUGUUUUCUGCCUUAAAGGUUCAUUAAAAUAUUAAAAUAUUACUAAAUUGA